AUGGCUUCUACAAAAAAGAAUGUCGGGAAGACGAAACGUCGUGAUAUCGAUGUUGAUGAACCUGAAAAUAAAUAUACUAAAGGUGAUAACCAUCUGGAACAAUUCGCCGAAAAAUGGUUGUUAAAGGAGAAACCUGAUAGUGAAGCUCAAUAUGGCCUAUGGUUGAUGAUUGUAACAACUAUUGCAUUCGCUGUAAGAUUUUACAAAAUCUGGUGCCCUAAGGAAGUUGUCUUUGAUGAAGUUCAUUUUGGUAAAUUUGCCUCUUAUUACUUACAAAGAACUUUUUUUUUUGACGUCCAUCCACCUUUUGCCAAGAUGAUGAUUGCUUUUGUCGGUUGGUUAGUAGGUUAUGAUGGUUCUUUCAAGUUUGAAAAUAUCGGUAUGAGUUAUGAGACUCAUCCGGCUCCGUACCUGGCUUACCGUUCUUUCAAUGCUAUCUUAGGUACUCUGACUGUCCCAAUUAUGUUUAACACUUUGAAGGAGUUGAACUUUAAGGCUAUCACAUGUGCAUUUGGUGCGUUAUUGGUUGCAGUAGAUAAUGCCCAUGUCAUUGAAACAAGAUUGAUUCUAUUGGAUGCUAUUCUUCUAAUUGCUGUUGCUGCAAGUGUUUACACAUACGUUCGUUUUUAUAAAGAACAAUUAAAGAAACCUUUCUCCCUUCAAUGGUAUAUCUGGUUAUAUUUAACUGGUCUUUCCCUAUCCUUUGUCAUCUCUACUAAAUAUAUUGGUGUCAUGACCUAUGCUGCUAUUGGUAUUGCCGUUGUCGCAAACUUAUGGCAAUUAUUGGAUAUCCGUUCAAACUUAACUUUGUCUCAAUUCAUGAGACAUAUCAGUAGAAGAUUAAAUGGUUUAAUCUUGAUUCCAUUUGUUGUUUAUUUGUUUUGGUUCUGGGUUCAUUUUGCCGUCUUAAACACAUCCGGCCCAGGUGAUGGUUUUAUGUCUGCCGAGUUCCAAGAAACAUUAGCCGAUUCUCCUGCUACUAUUAAUUCUAGAGAAGUAAACUAUUUCGACGUAAUCACAAUGCAACAUAGUGACACUGAUGCGUUCUUGCAUUCUCAUUUAGCUAACUAUCCAAUGCGUUACGAAGAUGGCCGUAUCUCUUCCCAAGGCCAACAAGUUACAGGUUAUGCUCAUGAAGAUGUUAAUAACGAAUGGGAAAUUAUUCCAACCAAGGAAUUACCUGAAAGAUUAGGCCAACCAGUCCUGUUAGAUGAUGUCGUCAGAUUGAGACAUGUUUCUACAAAUACAUGGUUGUUGGCUCACGAUGUUGCAUCUCCUUUGUAUCCAACCAAUGAAGAAAUUACCACUGUCAGUGAAGAAACUGCAAAUGGUGAUGAUUAUAAAAUGACUUUAUUUUCCUUCCAACCUAUCAAGAAGAAUGAUGCAGGUCACAUUCUAAAGAGCCAAACUGUAUCUUUCCGUAUUUUCCACGUCGAUACUUCAGUGGCUUUAUGGACUCACAAUGAUGAAUAUCUUCCAGAGUGGGGCUUUGAACAACAAGAAGUCAAUGGUAAUAAAAAAUUAACGGAAACUGAAAACAACUGGAUCAUUGCGAAUAUCACCAACUUGGAUGAAUCGAGAAUGACAUAUGUCCCAAAGGUUGUCAAGAAACUUCCUUUCUUUAAAAAAUGGUUGGAAUUACAAAAAUCCAUGUUUGAACAAAACAAUAAACUAUCAUCCGAACAUCCAUUCGCAUCUCAACCACAAGCAUGGCCAGGUAGUUUGAGUGGUGUUUCAUUCUGGACAAAGGACUCUGAAAGAAGACAAAUCUUUUUCACUGGUAAUGUUGUUGGUUUCUGGUUCGAAAUGAUAUCAUUAUCUAUUUACUUAGGUAUCAUCUUAACUGAUCUUAUAACCAGACAACGUAGUUAUUUUGCAUUGAACAAAUUAACUAGGGAAAAGCUAUAUGGCCCACUAGCCUACUUUUUCAUUGGUUGGGCAUGUCAUUACUUCCCAUUCUUCUUAAUGGCUCGUCAAAAGUUUUUACAUCACUACCUACCAGCUCAUUUAAUUGCAGCCAUGUUUACAGCUGCAUUAUGGGAAACCAUCUUUAGUGAAUGCAACUCUAUUAGUACAGAAAAGGACGAAGAAUUACCAGGCGCAGUCUAUGAAAAGGAAACGAAGGUCAAGACAAAGAUUCUGGCUGCUUUCUUCCUGAACAUUUCUGUUUGUUUGAUUCUAUUCUUCAUCUACUUUUCUCCACUUGUAUAUGGUGAUGAGAUUUCUCCAGAAGAAGUUGCAAACAGACAAUGGUUUGAUAUCAAACUAAACUUUGCUAAAUAA